AUGCAAUCCCCUUUCAGCUAUCCAGACUCGUAUGCCUCGUCCUACUCCUCAUCCCCUGGCGGUAUGGACUUCUUCUACGGCAUGGGCGCUCCUCAAGCCCCAGUCUACGACUCCUCCUCCUCCUUUGACAUGGACCCUGCCUCUCCCUUUGUGCAAGAGGUCCACCCAGAGAUCUACUCCUUCACCAGCUCUCCAUACAUGUACUCUCCUGCAAUGCCAAUCAAAGAAAUCCCCAUCAAGGAUUUCCAAAUGUAUGAGGCACCACCCAUGGCAACCAGCGUCCCUAGCUCCGCCAGCAGCACCUGCGAUAGUGUCGGCGGGUGGAAUACCCACGAGGACCUGGCGAUCACCAGCUACCCCCUCAGCCUGGUCGAGGACUCUGGCCCUGAAUCCCCGUCCGCUGCGAAACCGACCAAGCCCUUUGCCUGCGACGCCAGCGGCUGUAGCAAGUCUUUCACUCGCUUCGCCGAUUUAAAGCGCCACCAGUCCAGCGUGCAUUACCCGGUCUUUCGCAACUGCCCCGUGGAUCACUGCUCGCGCAAGGGUAGCAAUGGCUUCCCGCGCCAGGAUCACCUUGUCGAGCACCUGCGUUCAUACCACCACCUUGAUGUACCUAAGCGUCGAGCUUUCAAGCGUUCCGCUAAGGAGAUCUCAUAA